GGUGAGGGUUAGAAGGUAGAGCAAGAAAACCUUAAGAAGCUUAAAGAAACCAGUAAGAUACAUCCUUCGAGAUGUAAGAAACAAAGAAAGAGUUAAGAAGGGCUUGGCAUGUUAGAAACAGAGAGAAAGAUCCAAAGGGGAGAGAGCAUAGAGGUAAAAUAUUUUGGGUCUAGAGUUCCAAAAAUAUUUUUCGGUCUGGGGGUUCCUAAUUUCCAUUCUCCACCAUGAGUUGAGUGAUUUGGGUAGUGGUUGUGUGUAGUUGAAGUAGCUUAAAGAUGCACUAUGUUGUUCAAAAUAAAAAAAUGCUUUAGAGAUAUACUAUAAUCUUUAAGAAAAACUAUGCAUAGGACCUAGCUACUAUAAAUUUUGAAAUGAAAAUAAUGAAACAAAUGCCACUUCUGAGAGAUAGAUUAGGUGGUGUUAAACUUGAUGUAAAAUGGUGUUAAUUUAACUGUGGUUAAAGGCAAGGUAAUUCUAUGGUUUGCUAACUGCUUGCUUUCUCCACAAAGUAUCAUAUAAAUGUCUUAGCAUUCUAUGAGUAAUUACAAAUGUAAAUCUUUUAUUUUUAAACUGGAAUAUGGAAAUAGUGUUAUAAUAGGUGAGAUUAGAAUGAUGAUAUGGCAUGGCGAAAAAAGGGGAAUAAUGAUAUGGCAUAAUGACACCAAAUGUUUUGAAGUUUCCUAUGUCAAACUAUUUACUAUUAAUUGAUUGUGCUGUGACUACUCUUGCCUCUUGCGGCUAUUUGGCAAGCAGGAAGCUAAUAUUGGACAAUUACAUGGCUCCUACUAUAUUGGGCAAUAAAAAGAAAUUUGAACUUCUAAUAAGUUCAUAUGUUUAUUGCAGAUAGUUUAUCACUACCAUAACAUUCAAGGAUCUCAUUACCUAUAUAGUUUUUAGUGUUUCAAUGAAAUCUUUUCUUUUAUUGUUUGGUGGGUAAAAUAUAUAAAUUUUGUAUCU